AUGGACGAAAAAUCUGUCACCGCAGUAGACUAUUUGGAGGAGCAGCUUGAACUUGAAAGAGAAGCCCGUGAGGUGAUGCCUUACGAGCCGGAUGUCUGCACAUAUCCCAAAAGUUGCCGUCAAUUGGUGUUUGCUUGCUUGACUUGUCGAAGACAGAAUGAAGGUGCCAACAUCGGCGUGUGCUACCUGUGUCUGAUUCAGUGCCACUCUACUCACGAGCUUGUUGAACUCUUCUCGAAGCGAGAUUUCACCUGUGAUUGUGGAACCUCCAGAAUGCACAAGGGAAGUUCAUGUGCCCUUCGAGCCAAACAGGCUCGAGAGUUGGUAGCUGCAGAAUCCACAACCAACACUUCUGUUCAAAUGUCAUCCGCUCGUGGUUCUCCCGUAAAACCGCCCAGGCUCCGUACUGGUUCAUUUAGUGAAUCUUUUGCUUUCUCAUCCAUUGACUUACCACCAGCAGAUGACAUUCCUAGUCUGGACAACAAUUAUAAUCACAAUUUUGAAGGCAAAUUUUGUUCUUGUGAGAUGAUUUACAAUCCCAUUCAAGAAACUAGAACGAUGCACCAAUGUUAUCUUGGAGAUGUAUGUGGUGAGGACUGGUUCCACCAAGAUUGCAUUUUGGGCUAUAAGCCAGGCAUCCACCGCAAACGGAUUCAAUCAUCUGGCGAAAAUAUGCUCGAUGAACUCCCACCCCCUGGGUUAGAAGCAUCUGAGGAUAAGCCACUGGUGACCCCGCUUGUGGAUGAAGACGACGAUGACGUUAUCCCGCACUUUCCAGAAAUAGAUUCGUUUGGCGAAUUUGUUUGCUGGAAAUGUGUUGAAGCUAACAGAGCAGCAUUUGAUGAGCUUAAACACUACCUGAAGAUUGUGGUUCAUCAUAUGCCUCAUUUUGACCUGGUUCCUGAUGCUGAAACCUGGGAGACCCAAUACGAACAAUACAAGGACAAGAAUGAGGAUGAAGAACCACCAACGAAGAAGAUCAAGACAGAGAAGAAGAUUCCUUAUUCGGUUUUCUUAUCUGAAAGCUUUAAGGACGAUAUUACAAAUAUAAUGGCCUCUCUCCCGGAGGAAUCAGCUUUAGGGAAAUUCUUGAAAUCGGUGGAAUUCUUCAGCAAAGAUGAUCCCAUCUUCCAGCCUCCAAAAGAAGAGAUGGCCUCGUCCACCUCAUCAACAGGAUCUCUAUUCGAGCUUGGCUCCAACGCAUUACGAACCUUGCCGGCCCCACAAGCUAUCGAAGGGCUUCAUGCCUAUGGAAUCAUGAAAGCUAAACUUCGUGAUUUUUUUAAGGGGUUUGUUGACCAAAAUAAAGUAGUAACCGAGGAGGAGGUGAGGGAGUUUUUCGGUAACAUGAAAAAUGGUGCUGGUGGAGAUUGA